AUGACCCAGACCCUCAACAAGAAGGAGGACCCUCUCAAUCUGGGCGGUGGCUGGUCCUCCUCCGUCCCCCUGCGCACCUGGUCCUCCUACCAUCGAAGACGCAGGGGCGCUCCCAUUUACAAGCGGCGCUACAACUACGGCCCCAAGCCUGAGUUUGAGCCACCCAGGAAGCAGCCCAAGCCAGGGCCGCACGGCUCCUCCGAUCCGUGGUUCCAGCCCCGCCGGCGGCAGCCCUACUGGGCCGCCGUGUGCUCCGACUGGGAGCGCUGUGGAGGCGGCGGCCCCUGGCACCCUCCGCUGGCGGGAUUCCGGAACCCCCUCUGCCCGGUGCUGCAAAUGAUCCGCGUGUACGGUCUGCACCCUUUCUGCCUGUGCUGUUGCUCCUGCUGGCGCGAGCCCUGGAACCCCGGCUGGAUGAGACCCCCCGGCCGGAAGAAGCGCUGGGGUCACCACCACCACCACCAUCACCACCACCACCACCACCACCGGGGACGCGGCCUACGUCGACAUGCAGGGGGCCGUUCCUUCCCCAGGAGCCAGCAGGUAGACCUGAGCAAGCUGCUGCGGCCCGUCAACCUGUACGGGUGGCGGGCGCCGGGCAUGAGAGCGCCCAGGAACACCACCCAGUUCAUCAUGAACCAGGUCUACCGAGACAUGCGCGAGCAGGAGAAGCUGGGGCACCAGCAGGAGGUGCUGCGUGGGGCACCGCAGGCCCAGGCUGGGGAGCUGCCUUCCCUGCCAGGCUCGCCCCUGGGUCACUAUGAGCCCCUUACCGGCAGAGAGGAAGAAAGUCUCUAUAGCUUACUGCAGGAUCCUUCUCUAGCCUUGAGUCCUGUCCCGGUGGAGGACGAGUCACCCUUCCUGCCACUGAUGGAGGAGGAGGAGGAGAAAGAAGAGAAAAAUGAUGAGUGUGAGCCGGCAGAGGAAGAGGAGGAGGAAGGAAGUGGAGAGUCGGAGUCCGAGACCGAGGACGAAGAGAUGGAGGAAGAAGAGGUCCAAGAGACUGAGCAAGGCGAAGAGGGAGAAGAGGAAGAGGAAGUGGAAGAGGAAGGGUUGGAAGAGGAGGGGCUGGAGGAGGAAGAGCCGAGAGAGGAAGAAAAUCACUUGUCUCUGGAAAUGCCUUUGUCAAUCCUCGUCGGGGCGGAAGAAGAGCGAGAUGACUUUAUAAACUUUUCUUAUUUAAACUCAGAGCAGAUCAUUCCCAAAGUGCCACAGGACGCGCUAUUUAUGCUACAGGACAUUAACGAUUAA